AUGUCACCGAGGAAGGGUAUCGCCGUCAAGAGGAAAGCUCCCGCAAAAGGAGACACUGCGAAGAUGCCACCUGCAUCGAUGGAUGCUCCAAAGAGAGGUCUCGGUCGCCCCGCGAAUGAACCCAUCAAUGAGGAUUCGGAUGAGGAGGAACCAGCGAAGAAAAGUCGUGGUCGUCCCAAGAAAACGACAUCUAAGAAGGAUACAAUCGAUGAAGAUGCCAUGGAGGUUGAUAGCGUGGAUAGCGUCUUUGGGUCUGCCACGAAGGAAGCAGGUCGUCCCCUGGAAAAGAACGCCAAAGCAGCUCUUCCGAAGGCUUCGGAGGAGGAGGAGGAGGAUAUCGUCGAGCCACCGACCACAAAGAGAGGUCCUGGCCGCCCUCCUAAGAAAGCAGCCAUGCCAGCUCUUCCCGAGUCAGAUGCCGAGGAGAACAUGGAGACACCAACGAAAAAUCCCGGUCCAGGUCGCCCUCCCAAGAAAGCUCAAUCUUCUGGGCCGUCUGGCGGAUGGAUCUACGUCAAAGAUAAAGGCACUGCAGUUGAGUCGUCUGUCGUCCAUGCAGGAUUCCCCUGGGUUUCGACCUUCACUCUCGGCAAAGAUGACUUAAUCAAAUACCGCACACACGCCCACCGCAUCGCCUUCCUCAUCCUCUCCGGCAAGGCUACCUUCUUCCAAAAGGCCAAAUCCGACAUUGCCGACCGCGCCCUCUGCGGCAUCCACGACAAGCAGAACGAGAUAUUCGACAUUGCCAAAAACACCACGUAUCGUACUCAGCUGCUUUCGAAGACUUGCAAGGUGGUAGAGGGUCAUGAGGCGCUUGAUCAGGUGACGAGAGAUCGUUGGAUCAUCAGUGGAGAUAUCAAGUGGGACAAUGGUGUCAACUCUGAUGUUGUGGGGAAAGUUGUGAAGAAAGUUGUCGAUGAUGGGAAUGUGACUGCCAAGGUUCUAGCUGCGCAUCGGGCGCAGGAAGAUGAGAGGUCUCGCUUGGCUGUGGAAGCUGAAGCUGAGGAUCAGGAUGGAGAUGGGGAAGAGGAGCUAGUUACGCCGAGCUUCAAACAUGGUGGGAGUAGAAAUGGCGAAGAUUACAACAGUCUGUACGACGCGGAGAGCCAGAAGGCGAAGGAGGAGCACCCUGAGACCGACUACGGUGGCCCGAAUUCUGACGUUCCAAAGAACAAAAUGGAUCCCGGUGACGAUGGGGAAGAACAUCAGACAAAGGAGACUCCGAAGAAGAAGAGGAAGGGCCAGAGUGGAAAGGGCAGAGAGAAGCUUCCAAACAAGUGA